CUCGGCGGCUGCUGUAGAAAGAUUCAGCUGAGUCAGCUAAACUAUUAAUAACACUCUAGAUCAGCUUUUCAGCUUUUCAGUUUUACAAACUCUUAGAUCCUGGUAUAAUUAAUAGACCAGGUAUAUCAUACUCUCACUAGGUCUAGUCUAGAUCUAUAGACUGUGAAGAAUAGAGAUCAUGUCGUGUACACUAACUCUCAUUUCUUCAUCGACAACACGAAAGGAACCGAUAGACUAUGACCUCAAGUUACCAGUAGAUGUGACCCAGUUGCCCAAGUUCUCUGUGACAGAUAUCUGGGAGAAGAAGAUUAGCAAUCCACUCAGAGAUAGGCUAAUGGUUGAGUGGUUGUUUUCCUACUCUGUUGCUCAGCAACAACUGGAUGCCAUGGUUGCAAAGAUCAGUGAAGCAAUUCAACAAAAUUUACCGCCGAGCAAACCUCUCUCGACUCAAACUGAAAACGAACCCGACCCUCUGGUACAAAAAUCUGUGCAAUCAACAAGCACGCCCCAUACACCAAGUGAUUCACUGACCAUCACAGAAGUACACAAGUUAGUUGUGUCAGUAUGUUGCCCCGGUGGCAGUUAUUACAGUCCUUGUUUUGUGGAGAAGUUACGAGAAACUUAUCAGACCGACAAGGUGUACAACAAGCAGCUAGUUAUUACCACCCAGCACUGGGACGUUUUGCAGAAGAAGAAAGACAACUUCGUUUGGUACAAGACCAAGAUUCCCCGCUCGUAUGUUCAGCAUAUUGAGAUGCUUACCAACCAUCGACUUUGGUUGCCUGUCGAUAACGAGAUGAAUUUGUUUUUGGAGAACACGUUUCAAGAAGAUCUGUAUAGUAGCCGCACUGUUACAGUACCAAAUACCGGAGAGGUGAUUGAUUUUAUGUCUGGUACACUCUACGACAAAAAGAAACGAAAGACCUACUACAUCCGCUCCACUGUUCUAGCCAUCUUGACAAAACAGUCCCUUGUGAAAUGCCGCUUUGUAGGGGACGAGGCAUACAAGCGUAUUGCGAAGCGUUACGAUGCAGCUGGCAUUUUGUUUUACUCUGUGCACCCACAAACUGGAAAGGCUGUUUUUUUGCUAGGGCAUAUGACGUACGGCUCAUACACCUGGUGUGACUUUGGAGGACUCAAAAGCUACAAGAGGCUAAAGGAGGCAGCAAGACACGCAGCUGCUCGUGAGUGCUAUGAGGAGACGCUCGGUGUUCUGGGAAGUAUCAAAGUCUUGCAAAAAAUGCUAGAGGACUUCAAAACCAAUAAUGUCUUCAAGGUUAUUAAUGAGGUGUACAACUACGUUGAGCACUUCUUGCGAAUUCCUUUCAUGGACUAUUCGAAGAUAUUUGAAGCAGCUGCUAAAUGCCAUUCUUCUUCUUUGGAGAUUGACGAAAUAGGGUGGUUCACAAUGAGUGCCAUUAGACACGCUGUUCAAAUGGGAUUAAACAACGAACGUGUUAUGGUCAAUCUUGAUGGCAAAGUUAGCUGUGAGCUGCGGGUGGAGUUUGUCCACACCCUCUGCAUUGCCGAGAAGCUUGGUGUUUUGGACUGCAUCGACUACAUAACAACACAGCUGCACACAAGCAGUUUAACCACACCCUCUAGACCCAUCUCCUAUCCCAAAUCACAAACAACAGAAGGCUUGUCUAUCCGCCCCCCACAUACAGCACCAGCAAUGACCGAGGCAUGUACUACUUCACACGUCACUAUUGCUCUCGCUGAGAAAAUAUGUAACACUGAGAAUGAUUCCAUUGAUAAAAUGGUUGCACAAAAAGAUGAUACACUUAGCAUGACAACAUCGAAAGAACUCUUGGUUACUCCUUUCGGUGAUUCUCCUCAGAGCACAGCAACAAGUAGUGAGGCUCUCGACUCUGAUCUUGAUGAUUUGGUGAGCCGGUCUCGAGCUUGGUCAUUUGAGGAAUUUGUGGCUGGUCUACCUCCAGAGGACGAGGCAGCUGCUGGUGAGGAGAAAAGGAGUUCGCUGCUUAAUGGACCGAGACAGAGGAAGGUGGAAAAGGAAGAAAGAAAAAAGAAAAAUACAAGACCUCAUCCCACUGUGAAGGGAAGAGCUGUACUUUACUAUGGAAUGGGUUCUGGCACCUUUGGAAUAUAGAGAAUUUUAGGUGAUCUGUGUCUUAAAUUAUUAAAUUAUGCUUUUGUACUUCACUAUGGAAUGGGUGCUGGCACCUUCGGAAUUUUAGGUAAUGUGUGUCUUACCUUAAGGUGACAUAAUUAUUUUCACAGAUAACACACUAGUCAGGUAGAUUUGUCUGCAAUUUUCACUGCUUAGCUCAUUUUGCAAAUUCUGCUCAAAUUGUGUUAUUCAUAGCAUUUCUAAUUACUUGCAAAUCGUUUUUUAACGAGAUUUAUUGCAUUUUCCAAUUAUCUGCGAGGACACAUUUUUGCGAUUUUACUCUCA